AUGGCAACCGAAAUGCUCGAACAUCAGCCUGUUCAGGCUGUGGAGGCACAGGAUCAAAAUUUGGACUCUACACCCGAAAACCCAACUCCUCUGACCAAGUCCGGGGUUGCACCCAUCACAAACGCGGAUCUAGCGGAUGCGCGCUUCAACAAGGGCGACAGGGUGCGCAAGAGGGCAUCAGCACCCGGUGGUGCUCAAACCAGAUCUGCCUAUACGAUCUACGCGCGCAGAAGCAGCCCUCAUGGCUGGAUCGAGUAUCAGCUUGAGGACUUUUACACACAAAAGGUCGAUGGCAGCUGGACACGCGAAAGGGACCUCAGGGCCGGCGCCUGA